CCACAAGAUCAGAACGAUGACCAAAUAAAGAAUGCUUCACGGAUGAUGCAUACUUGAAGCAGUAGUGUGCACGAAACACAACACGGAUGUGAGCUCCUCUCCUCUUCUCCUUCCUCCACGCGACGCUCGAGCUCUCGCCUCUCGGCGCCUUGAGAAAAUUUAGAAAAGCUUGACCUGGCCUUCGCCGAACUCUGUGCCAUCUGGCUGGCCAUAUUUUCUCUCAUCCUCCCGUGCCGACCAAUUGGGGCUUCGCCUCUGCUUCCUCUCUCUCUCUCUCUCUCUCUCUCUCUCUCCUCGCUCCCUUACUGCCCAACACGUCGCUGCCUCUCUCGCUCGCCUCGUCGUUUCUUGUUUCGCUCUGUUGUUUCUUGGUGUUUGGAUCGGUUGGCAUUUUCGAACGGCCGGGAGCUGGUAGCCGUCGUGUCUUUGAUUUUUCUGGGGCUCUCGUUGAGCUCGGUGGCGGUGGCGGUGGUGGUGGUGGUGGUGGUAGUGGUGGUGGCGGCGACGGCGUGGCAAUGACGACCGCGAGGCAGUGGUGGAGGAGGGCGGCGGCGGCGGCGAAGGAUAGGAGGAGCCUGUACCUGACGCGCGUGGCGGCGCUGCGGCCGGCCACCUCGGCGGCGGCGGCGGCGCUGAGGAACGCGGAGCUGGAGGCGGCCGUGAUCCGCGCGACGAGCCACGACGAGCGGUCGGUGGACAACAGGAGCGCGGCGAGGGUGUUCGCGCUGGCGAACGCGUCGCCCGCGGUGCUGCAGCCGCUCAUGUGGGCGCUCGCGCGGCGGGCGGGGCGGACGCGGUGCUGGGCCGUGGCGCUCAAGGCGCUCAUGCUCGCGCACGGCCUGCUGCUGCGCUCCGACCUCGCGCCCCGCGCGGCGCGCCUCGGCCGCGUCCCCUUCGACCUCGCCGACUUCCGGGACCGCUCGUCGUCGCCGGCCAAGACGUCGGGGUUCUCCGCCUUCGUGCGCGCCUACUUCCACUUCCUGGACACCCGCUCCCUCUUCGCCGCCCAGGACAAGGACGCCACCAACAGCAACAACAACAACAACAACAACGCCGACGACGAGGACGCGCGCCUCGACGGCGUGUCGAGGCUGCAGCACCUGCUCGACCUGCUCAUGCAAAUCCGGCCGUACGGUGACGGCAUGGAGCAGGGCCUCAUCCUGGAGGCAAUGGACUGCGUCGUCAUCGAGAUCUUCGAGGUGUACAGCCAGAUAUGCACAGGCAUCGCCCGGUUCCUCGUCGGCGUCCUCGGAUCGGCGCCGACGACGCCGAGGCAGCGGCCGGGGGAGACCCUCACCGCAGCGAGGCGGCGGCGAGGGGUGCAGGGGAUGCGGGUGCUGCGGAAGGCCUCGGAGCAGAGCACGCAGCUCACGUCCUACUUCGAGCUGUGCCGGAGCCUCGGCGUGCUCAACGCCGCCGAGUUCCCGGCGGUGGAGCGCGUCCCGGACGGCGACAUCAGGGACCUCGAGAAGCUCAUCAUGAGCCACGUCGAGGACAGCGGCAAGGAGACCAAGGUGGCGAGCGAAGAGAAGGCGUUGGUCGCCGUGGAGGACACCGGCGUGGCCGUGGCGUCGAAGACGGUGGUGACGAAAGACUGGGUGGUGUUCGACGACGACGUCGACGGCGCCGGCGCCGGCGCCGGCGCGAGGCAGGGACAUUUUGGUCACUACGUGAACCCGUUCCUCGGCGCGCCGUGGGGGGGGCGCGAACUUGUUAGUUUAGACGGUGUGAUGAUGUGAGCGAUGUCAAAGUUUUUUUUUUUUUCUACGAAAAAUAUCGCGGUGUGUCGAGUUUGAUCUACUUCUGAGAUUAGAGGAAACGAUGGAGUUGGGGUUUCUCUUGUCUGCGUGUAAAUACUGAUGUGUUGUUCAUGGUAGAUGGAUGAAUGAGCAUCCAUAUUCCAAGACGUCUGUCUCGGAAUGAGUUAUAUUCGUGGUACAACUUACAUGUACAUCAAAAUUUUGCAAAGAUUUAUGAGAUUUUCUAAGGAUAUUGUGGUG